GUAUAAAGACAUUUAUUUCAUUAUGAAGUUAGUUUCUUAAGCAUAGAAUACUGAUCAGUGGUUUCUUUUAAGCAGAGUCCAUCAGUUGGGUAAUUUGGGGAUUCUGAAUAGUUUGACUGUAUAUUUUCAAAUUUGCAAUGAUUUGGGGAAUAGUGGGGCUUGAUUUCAAGUGCACUACCAUAGUGAGUCAUGACAGAGGCUUCACAUCGUUAGGUCCCGAAAGGCUAUUUUGCCUGGCUGGAGAAUCCAAAACAAAUGGAUGUAGUCUCAGGAUAAGACGUCAGCUGUUUAGCACAAAUGAGGAGAAAUUUAUUCAUUGAGAAGAUUCUGAAUCCUUCUUUUUCUAAGAUGCUGGCGGAGUAGGUGGGCUAAGCUCGGGGCUUGUCCAAUCUCAUCAGCUCUUUUUCUCUUUCUUUUUUACUUUUAUUCUUUAGCCCUUUUCUUUUCCUUUUUUUUCUUCAUGUUUCUUUUCUUUUAUGUCUGGAGAGUGGCAGGUGAAGGAAGAGGCCUCCGGCAGCAACACCAGGACAAGCCGGACACGGCUUCACCCCAGCCCGGGGUCUCAUGUCAAGGAAGGAGCAGGUCCCGGGCUGAAUCUCCAGCCCUGGACUUGCACGCUAGGCCCAGGCACCUGAAGAAGUGGCAGUCUCGGCACAGCAUGGUAGUCUUGCCCUGGCAUGGCGACCUCCUCCCUGUGUGGAGGUCUUCUUUAUCUUUGGCUUCCAGGUAUUUUGGCGGCCUGGCAAGUGGUCUCAUCCAGGAGUGAUAGUCUCGGCCAGGCAUGACAGCCUUCCUUGACGGAGGCUUCUGGCCCAGUAAUACAGCAGGCCAGCAUGGUGGUCUUGUCUCAGAAUGGCAGUCUCAUCCUGGCUGCAUCUUCAGGAUAUUCCAUAGUUGCUUAAUUGCUUUUCCCAGAACCCAGGAGCCGUUAACUGAGCUGUGAUGAACCCUGUCUUAAUUAUACAUUAUUUAUUAUUACGUAUGACUUCUGUCAUUAGGUGUCGUGUUGAGGCGAUUUACAAAACUUUUCACUGUAUUUUUCAUGUAAAAGUACACAUAACAAUAAAUUUCUAUUCUAUUCUGAAUUCUCUACCCUAUUGGGUUGUAAAUGAUCAAUCAGUAAAUAUAUCCAAAACUGAAACUGAUAGAUUUUUGGGAACUUAAAGCGAUCAGAGAUAUGGGUGGUCAUAGACUGAGAAAGUGGUAUUGAUGUGAGAAGUUCAGCCAUAAUCAUAUUGAAUAGUGCAGCAAAUUCAAAGCCUUAUAGGCUACUCUUGUUCUUAUUUCCUUAUGUUUGUACACCAGCUCCCCUUGUUCUUCUAGGUGGUGGUAUUGUCAAAGGAUAUUUGGGGAAAUGAAAUAUUUUGUGUUAAAUAUCAAAAUCCUUCUAUAAAUUUACCUUCAAUCAGGCUUCCUUUCAAAUAAUCACCAACUUACUUUAGAAAAGUUCAAUUAACUGGCACUAAAGAAUAAAUGGACAAAAGAACUUGCAUUUGUAUAGAGUGUUUCAUGUCCUCAGGAUGUCCCAAAUUGUAUUAUAGCCAAAGAAUUCCUUUUGAAGUGCAGUUCCUGCUAUUUUGAUAAACAUGAGAGAUUAUGAAGUACAAAGAGUUCUGUGUCCUGGUCAAAAUUUCUCUUUCAACUAACAGCAGCAAAAACAAAUGAGAUAGUCAGUCAUUUCAUUUGUCAAUUGUGGGAACUUGCUAUGUGAAAAUUGUCCACUGCCCUUUCAUACAUAACAAGCAUUUAAAAAGCAAUUUACUGAGUGUGAAAGUUCUUUUUGAUAUCCAAAGAACUCGAUAAGGAACUGUAUGAAUCAAUUCUUCUUGUCUCCUGCAAAUGAACAACAGUUACACCCAAACCUUUAUUUCCUUUCUCCCCUUAACACUAAUCAGUUACUUAUCAAACAGAACCUCUUUGUUUAUCUUUACCCUCAGAUUUCUAGGUUUGUGUAAUUUGUGUAAUUUGCAUCAUCAAUUUUGUCUCUCUGAUAGUUUUUGCAGGAAAUCAUCAGUUUAGAUGCUGGGCAUAAACAGAAUUGGAUAGAAAUGUGUAUAGACACUGUCCAAACCAAGAUAUUAAUAACAGCUGUUUGGACGUUGUAUGGCAGGGCACUUGUGCUUUUGAAUUGCACCCCAAUGAAACUUAUUACUAUUGGCCUAACCCUAACCCUAACCCUAUCGCCUCUCUGCUCCUAUGAUGCUGCUUGGCCUGCUGUGUUCAUCCAGCCCUGCACCUUGUUGUCUCGGAUUCUCCAGCAUCUGCAGUUCCUACUAUCUCUGAUUCCAUUACUAUUGGAUAAGUUGGGGCAAAGGUAAAGUAGGAAGAUUAGGCAAAAAUCCUUAAUUACACAAUUAUCAUUAUAAUUCUCAGUACAGUCUGCACUCAUUAACUAUUGAAGUGGAAUACAGUUCUUGGCACAACUUUAUGCAUGAGCUUUAGUAGACUGUUCAACAUGGAGAAUGGCACAUUUGGAUAUUCAACAGAUCAUUGUCAGUUUGUGCCAGGGAUAAUAGAAAACCACCUAAAGCAGAAAUCCUGGUUGUCUCCUCUCACCCCUGCAACCUCUUUUCUAGACUGGGUCACUAAUGCUGACUGGCACCCACUGGCUGAGGUCAGCUCGCUGAACACAACGAGGUUUAUAAAUCAAACCUCUAACAGUUUCGGAAGAGUUCCUAUUUCAUUUGAAAGGUUUGUACGAACAGUAAUUUUUAAAGCACAUUUCAACCCCCCCCGGAAAGGGUAUUUUCUUUGUUUGAGCUCAGGGUCAACAGGAACUGCCUGUCCCUUUCAAGGUCUUCCAGAAGAUUUUUUUCUCCCCCCACCCCCAUAUGAUCUUUGCAACCUUUCAUCUGUUGUUCGAUAGUGCGGGGCCGUUGCAUUUUGGUCUGCUCCAGAUAUACCGAGACUUCGCCCGUCGUGUCAGCCUUCCAACCGCCGGUAACUUUUUUAUUCGACCCCGAAAGAGUUAAGUUUUGUUGACAAGGCAAGGAAGGGCCUCGCGCAUGCGUAGACGCGCCGCCGGGGGUAGAAGCGGCAGUCUCGGCGAGUGAAGAAGCAUCGCGCUCGCAGGGUGUUGCUGUCACGAUUCCCCUGUCAUUUAACCGACAGAUUUAAAACGGGAAGCCGACAACCCAGCGACCUCUUGUAUGAGAAUGAGAUUUGUCGUGCUGGGGACUCCAUAGAUGGCUCUCGUAACGGUCCAGCGGUCACCGACACCCAGCACCACUUCAAGCCCCUGUGUUUCGGAGGCUGACAGUGGAGAAGAAGAACGCAGAUCCCAACCACGCAGCAUUAAUGAGAGUUUCCUGACUGUAAAGGGUGCUGCCCUAUUCUUGCCUCGAGGAAAUGGCUCAACUGCACCCAGAAUCAAUCACCGACGCAAUAAACAUGCAGGAGACCUCCAACAGCACCUACAAGCAAUGUUCACCCUCCUUAGACCUGAAGACAACAUUAGAUUGGCUGUACGGUUGGAAAGUGCAUACCUGGAGCUGACGCGAUAUAUGGUGGUAGUUUCCACCAAUGGUAGACAAGAUACAGAGGAAAGUAUCGUUUUAGGAAUGGAUUUCUUCAAGGAUAGCAGUACUUGCACAAUGGGCUUGGUUCUUCCCUUAUGGAGUGACACAUUAAUCCAUUUGGAUGGCGAUGGAGGAUUCAGUGUGUCAACAGUGAACAGAAUUCACAUCUUUAAGCCUGUGUCUGUACAAGCAAUGUGGUCAGCUUUGCAAAGUUUGCAUAAAGCCUGUGAGAUUGCUAGGACGCACAAUUACUACCCUGGGAGUCUUUAUUUAACGUGGAUUAGUUAUUAUGAGAGCCGCAUUAAUUCUAACCAGGCCUUCAUUAAUGAGUGGAACGCUAUGCAGGAUGUGCAGUCUCAUCGCUCUGAUUCACCUGUCCUGUUUACUGAUGUACCAACAGAGCGAGAACUGACAGAAAGACUAAUCAAGACAAAACUUCGGGAGGUAAUGAUGCAGAUGGAUUUAGAGAAUGUCACAUCCAAAGAGAUUCGCACAGAACUGGAGAGGCAAAUGGUCUGUAACUUGCGAGAAUUUAAAGAGUACAUUGAUAAUGAGAUGAUUGUAAUCUUGAGACAGAUGGACAACCCAACUGAAAUAUUUGAGCAUGUUUACCUGGGCUCAGAAUGGAAUGCAUCCAAUUUGGAAGAUUUGCAGAGCCGAGGGAUUCGAUACAUCUUGAACAUCACCCGUGAAAUUGAUAACUUCUUCCCAGGAAUGUUCGAGUACCAUAAUAUCAGGGUAUAUGAUGAGGAGGCUACAGAUCUGCUUGCAUAUUGGAACGAUACGUACAAAUUUAUCUCAAAGGCAAAAAAAAAUGGAUCCAAAUGUCUUGUUCACUGUAAAAUGGGCAUCAGCAGGUCCGCGUCCACAGUCAUUGCGUAUGCAAUGAAGGAAUAUGGCUGGAAUUUGGAAAAAGCUUACAGUUAUGUGAAGGAGAAGCGGACAGUUACAAAACCUAAUGUGAGCUUCAUGAGACAACUGGAAGAGUACCAGGGUAUCUUGCUUGCUAGCAAGCAACGGCACAAUAAGCUAUGGCGAUCGCAUUCAGAUAGCGACCUUUCAGAUCACCGUGAGCGUAUUAAUAAAUCUGCUGUUGACUUAAACAGAAGGGACAGUACUUCCACUACAGAAAUGCCAACUGAUCUACUUACUGAGCAUCCAUGUCAGUCCCAGUUCUCAAAUGUCCUAGAAACAAGUUUACCUGGAGUCCAUGAAGGAAAAAACGAGUUAAAUUUUGGAGUUGAUACAGAUUAUGAAAUAUCUUUAAAAGGUAACCCCAAUGACUUGAACACCGACAUCUCUUCUGCAGCAGUGCCAGGACUGGAGGUCACUGAUAGUACCACCACGAGGUUACCAGCAGAUUACAGCUCAGAUAUUCUCCCUCUCCAAGACUUCCACUCUGACAAAUCUGCAGAGGUCUUGUCACAGAAUGGACUUUCUUCUUCACCUAACCACUUCAUGAUGUUGACUGAUUUGGAAGCAGGUGAAUCAGAGAAAGGUGUUAAUUUAAACCCGAAUGACAUUUUGGUACCGUUACUUGAAACUGCACCUCUGCCAGAGGAUCAUAAAGCCUCGCAGGAACUGAUUUCCUCUGUCUCGCCGUCAAACAUAGAUGCUGGAAUUUGCAGUUUAAGUACUGAUCGAAUUGACUUCUUCAGUGCCAGAGAAAAAUUCAUUGAGCUUUCGCAGGAGAAUGGGGCAAGAGCCCAAGCGCACUUAAAAACAGAGGAGUUUGGUGGUGGGAAGUAUUGUGCCACAAAAGUGGCUGCACAGGAAACCCUCGAGAAAGAACAGAUUACAAAUGGUCAGGGACACACUUCAUUGGAUAACUCGGCUCACAUAAAAGAUAAAUGUGUAGAUGAUGACGCAAAAUCUAAUAAGGAAAAUCUAGUACCAAAAUUGUUCAACAAGAAGUCUUCCUUAACUAGGUCUCAGUCCUUAAGUGUCAUUUCUGUGAAAGAAAUUGUGACGGGAAUAGAGUCCAGCCAGAGUUCAGGUGUGUGCCAAAGCAAGAUGGAAAGUGUCACCACUAACCAGGUCCAAACACCAAAGAGGAACACAGUUCAUGAGCUACCAGCAGAUUUUCAUUGGCUUUCUGAAAACAACAACAUUUCAAAAAAAUUUUGCGAAAACGACUGUAAAAAUGCCACUGAUUUGUCUGAAGCUAAAGACGAUGUAUGUCAACAAGUGCAUUUAACAGCCAAGAGCUAUGAGGACUGCCAGGAGACAGCCAUUAAAGAGUCUACGCAGGAUGGAAGCAUAGAUCCAAAACAGGUGCCAAAAUGGUGUCCUGGCUCAGUCAAACGUGCAACACAAGAAUUUGAAGAACGAUUAAAACAGGGGCAAGAACAUCAAUCAUUGGCAACAUUACCAAUCCGUAAAAAUUCCAGAAUUGAUGGAGCCACAGCUAGUGACUUUGUGGUGACAAACAAGAGUGAGGCUAUCAUUUCUGAGUUACCUUUGUUGAAUGAUAAAAGAAAAGAAAGGAUUGAUGAUGACCCACAUUUAUUACUCGAGAUUAGUGUAUCUCAGAAUCAAGAAUCGGUCUCGGACUUGCAGUCACAUGUGAUAGAGCAUCCAUUAGAACCAAGACUAGAAUUGGAACAAGCUGAACCUGGCUCUUUGAGCACUCUGGAACUUGGGAUAACCCACUCUUUUGAAACCUCCCAGGACCUGGAUUCAUAUACCCAACUUCCAAAGAAAGUUGAAAUAAUUGAGUACACCCAUGUAUUUAAACCACCAUCUCAAGAAAACAAUGAUACUAUUUGCUCGACAGGAGAAGAGGAAAUCGUUGAAGUUGAAUCUCCGGAAAAGGAAAAUAUGGCCAUAGUACAAUCUGCAGAUGAUCUAAAAUCUAUGGAAGUGAAAACUACCGAAUUUCCAUGCCACUCACUACUAUUACCAUUUUUGGACACCGUAAGUUCAACUGAAACUGACAACAAAGAAAUUGAAGGAGUGACCUUCGAAUCUGGUAGUCCUCCAGAUGAUGCAGUUGACAGCUUCUCCGAGUAUGAAAUUGCUUUAGUUGUUAGUGGUGCAGCACAUUUGCCAUUAAACGGCUUGGAGAAUCAAACACCUGUACUUCACCUGGAGGGCAUCACAGAGUCCAGUACAGACACUGAUGCAGAGACCCUUGAUAAUGAAUAUUUGGGGUUUCGGGAAGCUGACACAAAAAUUACAUCUUUGCAAAGACGUGAUGGGUGCAUUACUGUACUGAGUCAUGAAGAUUUAAAGUUGAGUUUCAGCAGAUUUGAUGAAAGUAUCAGGGAUGUGCAAGAGAUGUCAAGAUUUGAAAAAUGUACCCAUAACCUUAGCCAUGGCCCGAGCAAUGACAGUACAGGAUGUCUAAGUUGUACACUGGGGAUGAGUAAGCAACAAUCAAAGGAAAUUGAAGCUAAAAUAAGGCAAGCAGGUCUCACAACUCCAUCACAGAUUAAACGUUCAGCAUCCAUUGCUAAGCUGGGUUACCUGGAGCUUUCGAGGGAUGAUUUAUUUAGAAAGGCGUUGGAUACUUCUAAAACUUACCAAGCAUUUCUUGACUCCAUCCAGACUACACCGUGGGCAGUGCAGAGUACAAGUGAAUAUAGAACUGAAUGUGCUGUGAAAGAUGAGCCCAGUAAAAAGAAAUGUGUUUCCAUUUCUCUUCUCCAAGAUCCUCAACCCACCGUGUGUUUCGCAGAACAACUUAACGCAUCAGAAAGUAUUGCACAAAGUGAGCCUGUGGAGAUGCCCUUAAUACAAUAUGCCAAAGCAGUUGAGUCCCAAGAGUGUCCACUGGCAAGUACAGAAGAGAACCUUCCACAGAUAAAACCUUCCUUCCCUUAUGAUACCGAUGCACCCUGUCCCACCCCACUGAUGUCUGUAGCACCUCGGCAGCACCAUCAUAGAAAUCAUGCAUUAAAGCGAUUAAAAGCAGCUAAUGAGAGAAAACGCACAACCAAUCCUUUGUAUAACACCAUGUGACCCUAAGCCCAAAAGCUAUGCUUCCUUAUGAGAGGCAAGUGUUUUUCAAUGGAACAAGCACUUUACAAUUUGUUUUCUAUAUAUUGUUAAAUGUAGGGAUUUUUUUAAUGAUUGAUUGCAUGCUGACAUUGGGCUUCUUUAAUUCGUUCGUUCUUGCUUUCUUUAUUCUCAAAGUUGUAUUUGACUUAACAUUGUGUGAAACUAAACCCUUCAACCACAAAAUCUUAUUUAAAAGAGCACACCAGCUAAUAUGGAGCAAGCUUACAGUUAAAUUUAUCAGUCUGUUGUUUAACAUACCUCUAAAUUGAAAUCAGGGACAAACAGCUCAUUGUGAUAAGUUCUGUACUAUUUUUACAAAUGUCAUUGUCACCUUUUGCUUAUUAAUUGACAUGCUUUCCUAUCAUACAUUAUGUCCUCAAUCUAAUCUUCCUGCUGAGAGAAAAUAUUGACAUUAUGAAUUUCUUCCCCCUAUUGUGUAGUCUUGCGAAAUGGCUGUUAAACCUUUGGAGUAUAUUUUGUGUUAUAGUGAAACAGUGAGCAAAAGAAUUCCGAUGCGCACUGUUCCUUAAUCAUUUUUAAGCUAAUUUUAAGUAAAAUUCAGAUCAACAGUCUUUGCAGGGCUAUAUAGAGACUGUUAGCUGCAAUAUUUUUGACCUCCUUGAUUUCUCUAAUUUUCCAUCACUGAAAUGGGUUUACAUGUUGUUUGUGUUAGUUUGUGUGUUCCAUUUAAAGUGGUCUAGAUUCAGGAUUAUAUGUGAAUUAUUACUUGAACACUACAGUGGGCUUUUGAUAAGACCUUCCAUAUCCGCUUACAGGGGAAUCCUUAUAAUAACUGUUCUCUGCCUUUUUCUUUAUUAUUCCUGUAUAUUCUACUCCUAAAGUGCCGUUGGUUGGUCCCAUUGGAAGGACUUAAGCUCAUCCUUAACCUUAAUAGAGAGUCACUUUUGAAUGUGACUUCUUUAAAGAAAGAAAACAAUUUUUAGUUUUAUGAAUCGCUGGUAUGGCUGUUUCUAUUUUGUUGAAGGUGUGAAUCUAAAUUUACUAUCUUCAUUCCUGCCACAUGUAUAAUAGUCAAUAUUUUCCCCUGCCUGGGAGUACAUUUGAUAAGGCCAACAGUUCUUUGAAACUGGAAUUCUCUUAAUUGCAAUAUGUCAUUUACAACUUCAGUUGCAUUACAGCUGUAAGAAUGUCAGCAUUUUCCUUGGAUCAGUACACAUCCGUUCUGCUAGGAAUAAUUCAAUACUGCUCCAUCUGAUUAGAACUGUGAUACCUAGGCAAGAAUUUAUACUGGAAGCUUGUGGAAAUAUCUUGAGGAUAUCAGUAGUAUUCCUGUGAUAAUGACUUUCUCCCAUGUACAUUAAAUUUUGUCACUAUUUUCCUGCAUUUUCCCCUAGUCCUGUUGAUGUUCUGUACCACCUAUAGAUUGCACAGUAAUACUUGGUGUAAUGAAAGCUGUAAGCAAUGUUCAUAUUCUGUACAUUAAAGCAUUUAUCUAAUUUUAAGCAACCAGCUUCUCCAGAACUGCUAGUUGCAUCUUAUCAUACCCAUUAUUAGUGUGUUCUACAGUUUAACUGGGAUAUCCUGGAUAUAUUAUCAUUUUUAAUGGAUAGAUGCUAUAUAAUUAGUACAAAAUACUGAGCAGAAACAUCAUUGCAGAACCGUCAUUGAUUCAACCAAUCUAUCCAUUUGAGAAUUUUGCUUUUGGAAAACCUAAAUCGUCUAAAACAAGAUAUUUGGAAUUAAUUAAGAUUAAUGUUAGGGCAGCACAGUGGCUCAGUGGUUAGCACUGAUGCCUCACAAUGCCAGGAACCCAGGUUCGAUUCUACCCUAAGGCGACUGUCUAUGUGGAGUUUGCACGUUCCCCCCAUGUCUGCGUGGGUUUCCUCCAGGUGCCAUGGUUUCCUCCCACAGUCCAAAGACGUGCAGGCUAGGUGGAUUGGCUGUGCUGGAAUGCCCACAGUGUUCAGGGAUGUGUAGAUUGGGUGGGUUAUUGGAGGAAUGGGUCUGGGUGGGAUGCUCUGAGGGUCGGUUUGAAUUUCUCGGGCCGAAUGGGCUGUUUCCGUGUAGGGAUUCUAUGAUCUAUGAAAUCAUAGUAAAAGAGCAAAAUAAAAUUUUGGGUUCCAGCUAUAACUAGCAUUAUUUGCUCUGUGUACCCAAGAGAGCCACAUUUGUGCUUUUGGAAAUCUGCAUAACAUGCUUUUCUUAGAUUAAAAAAUAUUUUCUCUUUGUUCGUGUUUCUUUUCCCUGAGUACACUGCUGUCUGUUCUUCCCAUUUGGGGGGAGUGGGUAAACCAUCAUCACUUACAUACUUUUAUGAUCAGGUGACUGUUCAAGUAGAACAGAUUGAUUAUGCCGUUUUUUUUUUCCAUCACUCUGUUUUGCAGUUGCAUUUCAUUUGUGUACUGAACCUAGUUCAAGUCAUUAUCAACUUGUAGCACAUAUAGCCAGUUGGGAUAAAUUUGCACAAUUGCUUAGAUUGAUGGGCUGUUGUUGAGUCAUUUUGGUUCCAAGGUCCUUGAUAAAGAUUCUUAUCUGUGUUAACCCUAAAUUAUCACUGCUUUCAAAAAAUAGCUAAAUGACAGGGUGUUCGAAUUUUUACUGUUUCUUUUUGUACAAACUGUAAUCCCAACAAGCUCCUAGUACUGCUGUAUAUCCAUAUUUUUGUCUAAUUAUGGCUUCCAUUGUAAAUUAAAGUAAGAGAUUAGACUGAUAACCAAGUGAAUUUUGCCUAGAACAUGAUGUGAAAUUAGCUGCUAGGAGGACCAGACAGCACAUUGAUGCUCAGAGUUUGAAUACAGGUGUCAUGAGUCUGGAGCCUGCUGUUGGAAUUUGUUUUUUAAACCACUGCAGUUCAACAACUUUUAAAGGGCAUUUUUAUAUGUUUUUUAAAUGUGAUUAUUAUAUUGUUUACAUUGUGAAUAUUGGAGCUGUACAUUUUCUUAACUUAUAGCUGUACCCUACGUGCUGUUUACGUGCCGUCUGUUGCCUUGGCAUUCAGCUUUCACAUUUGGUUCAUUCUAGUGAAACUGAUUUUUAUGCCAUUUGUUUGUUCAACAAAAUUGUAAAUUAUGUGACUGCAUGUGCUGUGUGGAUACAACUUCACUUUUAAGUCUUUGUUUUUGUAAUACAGUAGUAUGAGUACCACAAUACCUAGCUUUUAAAAAUUUGGUACAUUUUCUUAAGCCUUAUGGCACCAUCUUUCAUGUCUGUUGUAGUAAGAAGUAUUUGUUUCGGCACAAGUCAUGACCAUGACUUCAAAUAAAUCUGAACAAAAUGUUUAGAAUGAAGAUUUAUUUUGUUCCACAGACUCUUAUGCAGACUGUAAUUUUCACUUCAUUAAGCUUAAUCAGUCCAGCACUUCAUGUUGGACUGUCACUCUAUGCUAUUUUUCAUUAUGGGAUGUUCCACUGUCUGAUUUAAUUUUUUAUUGCAAGUGUGCUAAGUUGCUUAAUGUGAAGUAAUGCACUGUUGUAUGAAGUACAAUGUUCUUGUUACAAAAUUAAUAAAUUUUUAUUUUGAGGAUGAA